UGUUCGCGCCAGCCGGUAUUCGCGCGUCAGAGAUAGAUAUUUACAACUAAAUUUCCUUGAUUGGGAGAAAUUGAUCCGUCUAAAGUAAGUGAAAAGAAAAAAUUAGGAAAGAUAUGCCAAGAGACGAAAGAAAGACGAGGGAAAAUAGUGAUCCUAAAGGUUUAAUUGAGAAUUGAGGCCAUUGAGGCUACAGACGUGUGGAGGGUCAAUGUGCCACCAUAUAAAACUUGAGAAGGAAGAGAGAGAAGAAAGAUAAUGAUGUAAUGAAUUAUCUCGUGAGCCGUUUGUCACGUUCGCCCUUCAAGCUGCGAUACAUACAUAUGUAUAUUGUCACUACGUCUACGCUGCCGUGAGGAAAAAUAGCAUUAAAUAGCACGUGGCAUCGAGAUAGUUCUCUCGACACAGCACGAACUAAUUGGAUGCCUAAUUGACUUUGCCAAGAAGUUUGUCGAGUGAGGACACGUCUCGAGAUCGUCGAGACCACGGAUGAAAUCCUAGUGGUUUCAUCGCGUGAUAACAUACGAUCGGAUCAUGAUACAUCAUACCCAGGCGGAGGUUCGUGACGUUCGAUAAAAUCACUCAAAUUCACAAGCGAACACUGACUAUUCAGUUGGAGCUCCUCCUUGAACAAGAUGAGUAGUCAGUUACAGACUAAUUUGAUCGCCGCUGCUAUCGGAGCGACUAUUGGCGUCAUAAGUGCGGCUAGUAUUUUUAUAUAUCAGAAGGUAUUGGAGAAAAAAAAACAACAUACCAUGAAGAAUGCCCAUUUGGAUGAAGUUGAUCGUCGUCUCACCGAGUUGCAAACGGAAUUAGAGAGAUUGAGAGCACAACAAAAUCAGCAAAGAAAGAAGAAGAAGCUUAAUUCUAAACGUGAUAAUGAUCAUACAUACACUACAACAGAUAAUGAUACCGAUGUAGAUGGCUUUUCAACGGCAGGCGACGAAGAAUUUUUCGACUGUUCGGACAGUGAAAAUGGUAUAAGUGACAUUGAAAACAGGACAACUGAAGCCACCUGCCCUGGAUUAAACCUUUCCAUUUUCGAUGAGCAUCACAAACAAGGUGGACAUGAAGAAAAUGAUUACCUUGAACUACGAAAUUUCGUAGACAUGUAUCCAAAUAGUGUAGACAUAGUAUGGAGAUAUGCCAGAAGCUGUUACAAAUAUUCAAAUUGCACCACUGACGUAAAUGUAAAACAAGCUGUUAUUUGUGCAGGAAUUGAUGCUUGCGAAAAGCUUCUCACUACACCAGAUGCAUAUCUGCACAAAUGGUGUGCUAUACUUGUAGGUGUAAACGGUGACUUUUUGCCACUAGCGGAGAAAAUAAAAAAUGGUUACCGUUUCAAGGAUCAUGUAAUGAAUGCCUUGGAGAUAUGUCCAAAUGAUGCUGAUCUGCAUCAUCUACUCGGCAGAUUCAAAUACGAGGUGGCUAACUUAGGUUGGAUAGAAAGAAAGAUUGCUGCGACAUUAUUUUCGGAGCCGCCAAGUGCCUCGUAUGAAGAUGCGAUUAAUAGCUUCCAGAAAGCAGAAGACUUUUCGGUCAAAGUAAAUUUGGAAAACAAGCUGUAUUUAAGUAAAUCUUACAUAGCACUGGGAAACUAUCAACUAGCCUGUCAGUUACUAGAGAAAAUUUGUGACUUAUCAGUUACGAGCAAAGACGAUGAAAAGAUACAGAGCGAUGCUCGUCAACUUCUCGUCAAGUACUCGAGAUACCAAUAACGGACGCAUUAAUUUUUAUAGAUCUGACAAUGUAUCCAUUCCAUAUAUUACAAAUACUUCAAUCGCGUGAUGAACAUAACAAAUUCGCGGCUGAGGACGGGAAAAGAAAAAAGUUAUGAGUAAUUCUAAUUAUAGAAGGAGGGAAAUACACAAUACACAGUUUUACUAUGGACGAACUUUUAUACAGAAACUGUAUAAAGUAACUAUUACUUGUCUUCAGAGAUAAAAAGAUACACAAAGCGGCGCGGGAUGUUUUAGGAAAUAACUUUGUGAUGAAAUACAUUUUAGAAUUGUCAUUUUAUUGUAUAAAUAUUGGGCCUACCAUGGUUUAUUCUAUUCGUUAUAUAGACUUAUAAAUUUAUUAUGUUGGUUUUAUCUUUCUAUUGUCUGUUUCUUAAUAAA